CCUUACACUACAUAUUCUGCUGGAAGCUAGUAGCGAGAGGAGCACCAAACUUCUAAAAUCCCAAAAAUUCAUGUCCUCUACUGUUUCUUCUUCUUCUUCUUCUUCUCCUUCUUCUCGUUAUGCCAAAGCCAGAGAGCUUGUGGGUUUUAUGACUGAAGUUCGAACAAGAGCGUAACUGGAAAUUCGAUUCAAUUGGGGUCUCUCUAUGGUUCUGAGCAAAGGUGACGAGCACAGAAGCAGUGAGAGAUCGAUGAGGAGUGAGAAAGAGAAUGAAAUACCCGACUUGGAGAAGCAGCAGAGUGAUAGCGGAGCUGAGCCUAGCUCACUUUCCAAUUCCUCAUUCGGUGAUACGGUGCCGCCGCUUCUAAACGUCGUCGUUUUGGAUGAGGCGUCUCGCGAGGUUCAUGAGCAAACCACGGCCAAUUUGUCGAGGGAGGUACCUUCUCCCAAAAAGGGUGACCUGUCGAGAACUUCCAGCUCUCAUGAACAAUGCAGAGUGUGUCAGCAGGAGAAAGAUGAAGUUUUGAUAGACCUUGGAUGUCAAUGUCGAGGUGGGCUUGCAAAAUCCCACCGAUCAUGUAUAGACACUUGGUUUCGAACCAGAGGAUCGAACAAAUGCGAGAUAUGCCAAGGGGUAGCUGCAAAUGUGCCACCUCCACAAUCCCAGCCGACUGGGAGCUACUGGGUCUGGAGAGUUGACUCAACCUAUCGGUCACAAAAUCGAGACAGGCAGGGUUGUGUUAGCCCACUUUAUGUGGCAUUUUCAAUCCUCAUUGGUGGUCUGCUGUUGGACGUGCUAAUAUCCGUUACCCUCGGUGUCUCUGCACUCCCCAUUAACAUCAUUAUAGGUAUUAUUGUGGUUCUUGGACUUGGAACUGCACUGAGACUUAUCUUGGAAUUCUUCCACCAGUGGAGUUUGAGGAGAGUUGUGCAGAGGGUGGACACAAAUGUGCCUCUUGGUUACCAUCCUGCUUUGUAGUUGAUUAUGAGCCGUUGUGCUUUGUAGGAUUUAAAUUGUAUGAACGACACAAUACGUCAACGGUUGAUGAUCACUUAAGUCCAAUAAUUAGAAUUUAGGCUACUAUGGAGUGAAAGGAUGGAGCAGCCGACCAAGGGCAUGAGAAGUCAUGGGAUGUCAUUAGGGUUUGAACAAGACUUUGCAUUAUGUUGCAAAACCUACAGACAUAGAAGAUAUAUUCAUGUGCUGCAGCGCCGAGAAUCUAACUUUAAACUUUUAUUAAAGGUGGCAAGUGGCGACAUUUUAUUUGGGACUACGAUCCUUUUCUCAGGCUUUUCCCUAUGCAUUGGAGUUUGUGAUUUGUGAUAGUUUUUGGACUUGAGACUAAAAUAAAAUAAUUAGCACCCAAAGAAUGUGAAGACACAUACUUAAGCACAAAUUUUUUGUAAAGGACUUACUAGUGUAGUGGUAUGGAGUAUUUACUCCUUCAAGUAAGGUUUUGGGUUCGAAUUUUAGCAUUCGUGUAGUGUGUGUAAGUUUAGUAUGCUAUAGUUCCUCUCAAUAAGAAAGAUCCUCAAAAAUAAAUAAUAAAAACACAGUUUUUUCUUUUGUUCU